ACUCUAUCUCUUUUAUCAUAGGUCUCACUAGGUUUUUCUUAAGAGCAUCAUUAACGCGGGGUUUUAACCCCUUCUCUUAAUUUUAUUGGAAUUAAAAAAAAUAAAAAAUACCAACUACCUUAAGCGAGACGGCUUUUGUAGGACAUGCGUCACUGUGUGAUGAGGCUCCCUGCAGUGGCGAGAGCAGCGACAGAAAUGGCUUCGGCUCUGGUUGGAUUGAGAUGUUUGUUCUGUUCUCUUCGUCUCCGAGGUUGGAGCGGAUGUUUAGUCCCUUCGGAGUCAUACUUUCUUGCAAAGUCGCUGAAGAGAAUGGCUAGAGUAAAGGCUUCGGUUUUGUUCAGUUCGAUACGGAGCAGUCUGCUGUCGCUGCUCGUCUUGCCUCCCACGGCUCUAUGGUUGAUGGCAAGAAACUGUUUGUGGCCUAAGUUCAUUAACAAGGGCGAAAGAGCAGCUAUGUCUGGGAAUCAAGAGUUCACAAACGUUUACGUGAAGAAUCUGCUCGAGAGUGUUACAGAGGAUUUUCUCCAUACGAUGUUUUCUCAAUGUGGGACGGUCUCUAGUGUUGUGGUUAUGAGGGAUGGUACGCUUGAGCUAGUUCUGGAUAUGAUGCAGAGUAAAGCAAAGAUGGGGUUAGAUUUUGCCAAGCUUGUGAUGGUUGGUCUUGAUGCUGCUGGCAAGACCACUAUUUUGUACAAGCUCAAGCUCGGAGAGAUUGUCACCACCAUCCCCAUUAUUGAUAAGCUGUUUUUUUCGAUUUGUGAAAUGAGUAUAUAUCAUAAACCAAUAACUAUCUAUCUUCUUACAGGUUUCAAUGUGGAAACUGUGGAGUACAGAAACAUCAGUUUCAUAGUAUGGGAUGUUGGGGGUCAAGACAAGAUCCGUCCCUUGUGGAAGUACUACUUCCAGAACACUCAGGGUCUGAUCUUUGUCGUGGACAGCAACGACAGAGAUAGAGUUGUUGAGGCUAGAGAUGAACUGCACAGGAUGCUUAAUGAGGUCACUGUUGGUGGAACUCUUUCGUGGAAACUCUUAUGGCUUUGGGGAAGAUACUGGCAUUGGUGGAGUCUUUCCCUGCACAACAUGAUUAGCGGAUCCAAGAAUAGUCGUGUCGCAAUCUUUGAAAAUCGAGAAAAUGUAGAAAUUCAGUUUGCAAAGUACAUAUAUCCUGAUUUUUGAUCAUAUUGCUAAUGCAACAAAAGUGAGCGAGAAGUAAAAAAAGCAGGUAAAAGAACAGGGCCAAUGAGAAAAUGUGUCUUCAUAUCAUCUCUCUUAGCAUGUGCUUUUAGGACAAUUCGUUCAACGAUCUUGAUAACUCUAUUAUCACUGAAGAAAGCUAAAGCGAGUGAAAAACUAUGCAUCUAAAGAUGAAGAUGUCAUCAAAUUUGGUAUCUCCUGCAAUAUCUUCAAAAGAAAUGACGGCAACUGAGGCUUCCCUCCCAAAACCUCAAACUUUGCUAUUGUGGCAAGUUCCUCAACUAUCAUGACUAGCUUGGUAUAACAUUUGCACGUAAGCCUUUUAUACAAUAAUGAUAUGGUCAUGGAACAUCCUCACAUGAACCCUUGACGGUUCGGUUUAGUAACGAGUUAAAAGACCAAAUACUAUAUCAAUCUCAUGUGAAUGCCAAUUUCUUUUCUCGCAAAUGCACUUAAACAUGUGAAUGUGAAUCUUAGUUGAUGUCUCAGGCAUAUAUAAUCAAGAUGUCAUGACCGUCAAAAAUUAUAGUCUAUAUCUUUAUUAAUACACAUAUAUUUUGUCAGCCAUAAAGUCUGGGUGAUGCGAUCAUGCAAAUAGUCAAAAUUAUCAUAUUUCAAAACCAUGAAAGAAAAACACAGUCUAAAAGAGAGAGCACACCAACGCAGCUUGCAUAAUUGGAGAUGAUGGAUACUACAAGAAUAAAUGCAGAUCCACUAAGAGAC